CCUUCCAUUUUCUCUUCUAAUUUAAAAUUACAUAUCUUCAAUCUCCGAUUCUCUCAGAAGAUUCACAAAAUCUUUUGACUUUUUUAAAACUUAUAUUUCCUCUGUUUCAUCUAUCUUUAAAUUUGCUUCUGGCUCACUUUAUCUGAGAGAGUUAUGGCGUUCUCAAAUGGAGGUUUCAGCAAGUUUCAUGGCAAAGAAGAAGCGUUAGGGUUAGGGCUCGCGAGGAUCACAAGAGGAUUAGGGAGGAAAAGGAUUCUGAUAUCCAAAUCAAAUCAAGAGAACGUUUCAAAUUCCGAUCAAAAUCUACGGAAGAGAUCUAAAAGUGAAACAACAAAAUCCAGUAACUCUGUUCUUGAAUCUCUGCAUCAAGAUAUUUUGAUUCGAGUACUUUGUCAUGUGGAUCACGGAGACCUAGAGAGACUGAAACGUGUAUCUAAAACAAUCAGAAAUGCUGUUUUGGAAGCAAAGAAGUCUCAUUUUGAUUAUACCACACCUAAGAAGACUCUGUCUUUUCGAGACCCAUUAGUUAUCCUUGACCAAGAUUCAAAUUCGAAUGGUUUGAGUGAUCAAGAUGAACCUCCUAAUGCACCAACUCGAAUGAAGAACGUGAGUCGUGAAUCAGAUUUGUCAAAGAUCUCUAUGGUACUGUUUAAGUGAGGAACCAGUGCAGAACAUGAAGACAGAGUUUGCUUUUGCUUCAAUCCUUAUCAUUGAAGCUUUUACAAAUUUAAGGUUUAUUAUAUUUAGUGAUCCAUGUGAAUAUAACUAUUAUUUGCAGACUUUGUAUGGUUAAAAUAUUCGUAUCUGUAAAAAUAACUCUUUUGGGUUGUGAACAGACUUCAGAGCAUCCUAAGUAUUGAUUUUGUCCUUUUCAAUAAAUUGUGUUUAAUUCUGCUAUUUCUUGACUUUUAUCCUAUUGUUUAUUAUAUGCAUGUAGAUGACCACAUUUAAUGAAUCUAAAAUUUU